AAUCUAAAAGCUAGAUAUAUAAAACAAGCCACAAGUGCUUAGCGAUUGUGCUCAAUCCCAUUCGGGCCAAUCAGGAUUAUCCGAAACGAGCGCACUGAAAACGGAAUAAAAUGCUUUCGCUUUUCGUGAUCGGAAAAUAUAAAUAUAAUGGGUUUUAUAUAUAAAGACCCAUAUUCAUAUGCUCCGCGUUUAGUGCUCGGAAUAUCCGGAUGUUAGCUUGACUUACGUGAAGCUCGCAAUUUCAUUCUGGGAUUUUAAAGCAGGAUACGUUAUGACGUUAUUAGUGGUAAAUAUUAAUUUAGCUCGUUAAAAAUAAAAUAUAGAGUGAAUAACGAGAAAUAAAAAUAAAACAGGACGCUAUUUUAACGUCUCUUGUUAUUUGCUUGAAGUUUUUGCUCCAUUUUACAUUGGUUUGUAUUUUUGUCGAUACUUUGAUUUAGAUUUUCAUGCAACGUUACCGGAAUAUACGAAACAUUUAUUUUGCAUAGAACAUAGCGAGAUCGUACAGACACGAGUCUCGGUGCCCAGGCUUUACUGGGGCACAUGAAUUCGCCGAUCGAAAAGUGCCGAGGUUGCACGACGUUUGCCGACCGCUUGCCGCGCUGCGAGCAUUGCGUGUGUGAGUGCCGGGGGCGCAUGUAUGCGACGCACGAGGUGAUCCGUGCGCUAUAUGCCAUUCGAUGAGUCGCAUCGGGUUCGGAGCAACGGAACAACUUGACGAUGUUAGAAACGUCUCACACUCUCGGUGUAUUUAAGGAAAGACUGCAGAUGAUGACGUAGGUAAAAGUGGAUCAAAGUUUCCACCGAAAGUACGGGACAAAAAUACAAUACGGCAAAUGAGGACGAUAUUCCCGGUUAAAUAAUAAAAUAAUCACGAGGACAUUGGUUCCGAUGUAGAAUUCCCGAGACGGAGUCGUCGGGCUUUUGGGAACGAUACGCUGGCGCACUCGAGGCUCGGCGGAAACGACCGAGCGGCACCGAACGCUUGCCGCGCCACGAAAGAACGCCCUCCAACAAGCGACGAGCCAGCCAGCCAGCUAGACGCGAAAUCUGUAAACCGAAGUCUCACGACGAGCGACCCCGAUAAAAGAAUCACGUUUUGCUGAACGCGACGUUCGUUACCGUAUCGCGCACGAUAUCAUAUUAUUUCGUCGCGACUCCGAGCGUGGAUUAUAACCUGCUUGACGCGUGUUUCACGCGCACGCACGCACCACGCACGCACGCAGGCAGGCAGGCAGGCAAGCAAGCAAGCGACCGAACCAACCAACCAACCAACCAAGCAGGCAGGCAGGGACGCACGCACGCGAACGUACAGCGACGGUGACGACGACGACAACGCGCGCGAUCCUACGUAAUUCUACGUGCCCCACCAGAAGUUGCAGCAGUCUUGUGUCCCGUGACACGGAACUCUUCGACAGACUUAUUGACACAACAUGCGACGCUCGAGGAGAGCGAAGUGGCACGCGCAAACCGACGGCGAGACGACGGCAGUAACGGAGUAGAGGCAAGCGAACACGAUGAACCGAGGGAUAUAAUGCUCGCGUUCAAUCGGUACGAGACGUUCAAUUCUCUCUGCACGCGCCACUCCGGAGGGACUCCUCCGCGUUCAUUCCUCUUUCGUACGCGUAUACGCUUCGCGUUAGUUGAGCGAACAUGUGAAAGCGCAACUACGUUUCCGCUUCUCUUGCGCUCGCUCGCUCGUUCGUUCAGUUCUUUCUCGUUCUCGCUCUCUGUCUGCUCGUUGCUGUUCGUGGUGCUUUAAGCGGAGAGCCGGGUAACGCCUCUCCUUCGAUCUCUCGCCGCGUCAUGCCGAGAGUCCUUGUGCCGGACGGCCUAUGUACCGUACGUUCGCCCGUACGUCCGGGGAAGUGUUUAAUCGCCAUCCGCACGAACCAACUAUACGCGGCCUGGAACUAUCAGGACAGAAUAGUAACGACAGUUCGAAUGGACCAGCUUGCCCAGGGACACCAAAUUCUCAGGGGAUGAGACCUACCCCGUCACCAACAGGAUCCACAGGUUCUCGCUCGAUGUCCCCUGCUGUUGGUCGGUCUUUUUUACGUCAACAAAACGUUCAGAUGCCUCCACGCCCGUCAAGCAGCCAAUCGGAUGGUAGUGGACCAGCACCACGCAUGAGUCAUUCUCCUAUGACUACUCAAGGAGCAUACCAGCAGCCAUUGGGUCCUUCACCACACAUGCAUACCUACAAAAUGAACAGCACUGGUCCUGGUGUAGUGCAACCGGGACCCGGUUCGACGGCUCUCGGUGGGAUCAGCCCAAUGGGUGGUGGGAUGGGCUAUGCAGCUGGUGCUACGGCCCCGGGUCAACCUGGGGGUUAUCACGCGCAAUCCACGUAUCCACCUCCGCGUCCUCACAUGCAGUUUCCGCAGGGGUAUCCGACACCUGCGAACUCACAACCACCACCUAACAAUCAGUAUCAACCUCCCAACAGACCCAAUAAUUUGGUACAAUACCCGCCGUACACGCAUAAAAUGGGCUUCAACAGUGUGCCACCUGGAAUGCCACCGAGUCCAGGACCGCCACAGGUUUACGGUGCUAGCGGUACCGCGAUGGUACCGCCGGGUGCACCUGGAGUACCUGUCAUUGGUAACAUGGGACCGCCUGCGAGUUCCAUGGGCCCACCACCACCGUCUCCCAAUCACAUAAGUAACCAGCCGCCACCGCCUACCAGCUCGGCGGUACCGCACUUGCAUACUCCAGCGGCCACACCGCCGCUCAAUCACGAGGGCAGCCCGAUGCCGCCGCCGAGUACUACACCGAAUUCGCAUCCCGCGUCGGCACCGACGCCAAUCAGCCACAAUUCCGCAGAUCUCACGGCUGAGACUUCCAACGACAGCGGCAUAACUACAACCGCUUCAGGUACGUCAGCUAUAAAUGUCAUAUCUACUUCGAGUGGUACUGUGACAUCUGUAAUAACGACAGGUCCAGACGGCACGUCUCUGGAUGAAGGUUCGCAACAAUCAACCUUGUCUAAUGCAUCAGCUGCUUCUGGUGAAGAUCCGGCAUUCACACCAAAAGUACGGAAGGAGAUGAUGGGAGGAUACCACAGCCAUCCUGCGACGCCGCAGAGUACAGUCCCGUCUCCUGGCGCCGCUAGCAUCAAUUCGAUUCACGAGGAAUAUUCUGACAUGAACAGUCCUGGUUGGCCGCGUACUCCUGCUAGUCCUGUGUUUAACAGUCAUGUGCCUCAAGACCCAUACAGAUCUAAGAAGCCAGAUAGUUUGGCAAAAUUAUACGAGAUGGACGACUCGAUGGAACGACGAACCUGGCUGGACAAGCUGGUCACUUUCAUGGAAGAGCGAAGAACACCGAUCACCAGCUGUCCUACCAUCUCCAAGAACCCCCUCGAUCUGUUUCGGCUAUAUCUCUACGUGAAGGAGAGGGGGGGCUUCAUGGAGGUAUGCAAGGUGACGAAAAAUAAGACAUGGAAGGAUAUAGCCGGCCUGUUGGGUAUCGGCGCGAGCAGCAGCGCAGCGUACACGUUGCGCAAACAUUACACAAAGCACUUGCUGGCAUACGAAUGUCACUUCGAUCGCGGCGGUGUGGAUCCGCAACCCAUUAUUAAUCAGGUCGAAGCAGGCUCGAAGAAAAAGGGAUCUAAGGGGACAGCUUCUGUACCAUCACCUGGUUCUUCCAAUUCUCAAGACUCAUUUCCUGCUGCUGGAUCAAGCAACGCUUCCAUGGACGGCUAUGGAAGUUACCAAAGUAGUUACGCAGGCGGUACUCCUGGUGGUCCUUCGUCAGAAUACACGCCCCCGCCGCCGAGGCCACCCAGUCAAAGCAGUGCACCCUCCGCCCAUCAAGGGAUACAACAAGGCAGUUACCAAAACACGGGUUCGUAUCAGAACUAUCCACAGGAACAGUACGUUCGACCGCAAGGAAACACGCUGUCUCAGCAGAGCGAGUUUAAUCAACCGUAUUCACCUAGAUCGCAUUAUCCUCCGUACGUGCCGGAUGUCGAUAGGGGUUAUCCGGGUAGUACCAUGCCACCAAACAAUGCUACCGGACAAGACAUGUAUAAUAGAUAUACAAGCGGUCAGCAGGGUCCCGCCAGCUAUCCCACAGGAACGCCUCCCAACGCGCGGAAUAACAGUUAUCCGUCGGGGCCACAAGCUCAUCCGGCUACUGUGCAACAGCAAACGGCAACCAGCCAGCCUUCCUCACCCUCGCAACCGCCAGCUGCAACGUCAUACUCUUGUCAACAGGAGUACUACCGACAAGAACAAAGUGGGUACGGAGCACCCGGUGGAACUCAAAUAUAUGCCGGAGGCGCAUCAGCUAACAAGAAUAUGCCGCCGCCUCCUCCGGGUCCCAGCCAACCUAGACGUCAUCCAGACUUUGCCAAAGACCAACAGUAUCCCCAGUAUAAUCAGCAGCGACCAGCGUAUCCAGGAUGGCCAAAUACAACCAAUCAGUACAACAGUAGUAGUGGAAAUAACAGGGUGCAGUACCCGAGCCAGCAGACACAAUCGCCGUCGCAGCAACAGCAACAGCAGCAGCAGCAGCAGCCACAACCAGUGCCGCAAGUUGGCUCAGCCGCUCCGCCCGCCUCGGUCGCAGUUGGUGGUAUGACUAGUAGCCAACAAUGGGUAGCCAGUCAGCAGCCGAACAGGUCUUCGUCCCAACCGCCUCUGAACACUAUUGCGCACGCACCACCGCCGUGGGAUCAUCGUUAUACGAAUCAACCGUCCCCUUUGUAUCCAGCACCUGGAACUCAUCAGAAUCAACUUGGAGUGAAUCCCAUGAUCAGCCAACAGCCGACGUCAAAGAGAGAAAUGACAUUCCCUCCUGACAGCGUGGAAGCGAUCACACCUCUUUUGUAUAAGCGACGAAAACUGGCGCGCGCCGAAGUGGCACCAGUGGAAGCUUGGCGCAUCAUGAUGGCUUUGCGGUCGGGCUUGCUUGCCGAGAGUUGCUGGGCCCUCGACGUAUUGAACAUUUUGUUAUUCGACGACUCUUCCGUAAGUUAUUUUGGAUUAGCACAUUUACCCGGACUACUGGACGUUUUGCUGGAACACUUCUCGCGCUCCCUGUCCGACAUGUUUGAAUUGUGUGUGAACGAUGACGAUCGUUACUGUCAAUCCGCGGAUGGUCCCGAGGUAGACCUCGGCGCAGUGACGCGCCCGAUCGAUUCGGAGGAUCGGACCAAACUACUGUCGACAUCAAAUUACACGUAUCUCUCGCGGAGAGGUCGCCCUGUGAAGAUUGUUCCACGGGAUGACGAUUUGUUCGUCUUGGACACUCGAAGAUCUUGGGAUCAUCAGGAAUGCGAGUCGGAGACCGAACCGUGGCAGGUUGAUGCAAAUGCGACGAAGUACAUCGUCACGUGUUUUCAAUCCGAGAUGGGCUCAGUACCUUUUGCUCGCUUGUUGAGGGAUGAGAAACCACCGUUGCUGCAGAAGGAGGUCGACAGUACCGACUCGAAGGACGAGGUCAAAGCUGAUGGCGUUGGUGGUGUUCACGAGACAUUAGACUUAUUCAGCAAAUCCGGCGAUCUUGGUGACAAGCAGUCCGGCAAAGAGGGUGGUGAGCGCAAGCAGCAGCAGCAGCAAUUGGAUAAGAAGAAAAAGACGAAAACACUGAGCGACGUGCUGUCGAGGAUCAAGAAGGAGCCCGUGGAAAUGAACGAUCUCACAAGGGAAUUAUUCGAGAAGAAAAACGACGGUUUUAAAAAGGACUGUGACAACGAGACAGCGAAAGCAAACAACAAUAUGGGCGAGCAUUUAGGAAGCGACGUGUCGAAGAAUGACGAGGACUCGCUGCCGACGCAGAAUGGAUUGAAUGACUCCGCAGCGCCGAUAGCAGUGACAACAGGCAAUAUCGGUAAUUUAGACAAGUCCGAAAUCAAGACAGAAACGACGACAGACGAGCAGGAGUUGGGAAUGAGAGACGACAAGGAGGGACCAAGAUUAAAGAUACGAGAUCCGGCAGGAACGCUGAAGCGACGGAGGAUAAGCGACUACGAGGACGAGAGCUAUUCCAGAGACGAGGCAAGCCUGUAUCUGGUUACGGAAACGCAGGACAGCCUGGCUCGCCGAUGCGUGUGCCUGUCGACGAUCCUAAGGAAUCUCACUUUCAUCCCGGGUAACGAGGCAGAGUUUGCAAAGAACGUUACGUUUCUCAGCCUGCUCGGUAAGCUAUUGCUGUUGCAUCACGAGCACCCGGUUCGGGCGCAGAAAACGCGCAACUACGACCGUGAAGAAGACGCGGAUUUUGCGGAUUCGUGUAGUAGCCUACAAGGUGAGAGCGAGUGGUGGUGGGACUUCCUGCAUCACGUGAGAGAGAACGUUCUCGUGAUGGCCGCCAACAUAUCUGGCCAUAUGGACUUGAGCCAGCAUCCGGAGGAGAUAUCGCGGCCGGUACUCGAUGGCCUCCUACACUGGGCGGUUUGCCCGGCCGCUCAUGGUCAGGAUCCCUUCCCAACCGUUGGCCCGAACUCCUCGCUGUCGCCUCAACGACUCGCGUUGGAAGCGUUGUGCAAGUUAUGCGUGACCGAGUGCAACGUCGAUCUGGUUGUGGCCACACCGCCCUACUCCCGAUUACAGAGACUAUGUUCUGUAUUGACCAGGCUUCUAUGCCGCAGCGAGGAGCAGGUGCUGCGCGAGUUCGGCGUUAAUCUGCUGCACUUUCUGUCGGCUGCAGACAGUGGUGUCGCGCGUACUAUCGCCCUGCAGACACCGUGUGUCGCGUUACUCGUCGCGUUUAUAGAGCAGGCUGAAACAAGCGCGCUUGGGGUUGCGAAUCAACAUGGUUUGGCAGCCCUACGCGACAAUCCCGAAUCGAUGGGCACUAGCCUCGACAUGCUGCGACGCGCGGCCGGUACGCUACUCAACCUUGCCAGGCAUCCGGACAACCGAACUCUCCUGCUGCAACACGAGUCCCGCCUGCUCGCUCUGGUCAUGAGCCAGAUUCUGGAUCAGCAAGUUGCAGCGAUAGUCGCGCGUGUAUUGUUCCAGUGUUCUAGGGGCACGUAACUCUCUGUCGUAAGUUGGGACUCGUCGCAACUCGUCGCGAAUGUUAUUAACAGUGCCGAUGACGUCGUUAUGACGAUAAUGCGUGCGUCUUGGACGGCUCUAGUGUGUUAAAGGUGAAAGAAGGGAUAAUAUGGGAGAGGAAAAGUGGUACAUUCGAUGGAGAGACGAGGAAGAGACAAAAAAGGGAAGGAGGGAGAGAGAGAGAGAAAGAGAGACGCGCCCGACGAGACAGCGCGCAUGAAUGAAGGAACAAAAGUGCUGAUGAAAGCCAUGGCAGCGCAAUUGUAGUUUUAUAUCGAUUAAACAGGAAGUAAGAAAGUUUAAUUAUCGGUGUUAGCGUGUAGGUAUACACGAUGCGAUCUCCGCCAAUCGGUAUACCUUCCCUUUCGUGAAUUGGAAUAAUAUCGAUAGUGUAAGAUAUUUCAUAGUUAAUGAAAGAAAAAAUGAUACACAUAGAAAACACACAGAUUAUGCGCAGAUCUACAUACACACAGGCACACUGAUCCAGCACCCACAGCCACGCGACAUACACACAUACACACACCCAUACGCAUACACACCCAUAUAACAUGCAAGUGUGCGUUCGUGCAAACGCAAAUAUGCAGAUAUACAUAUACAAACAACACACACAGACACGUACACAGGACACAGGACACAUAGAACGUACGUACAUAAACGCAGUAAAAAAACGGACUUUCAAGAGAGAGAGAUAACAGUCGGCUGCAUAAUAAUAUAUAUACCAAGAAGUAUGCGAACCUUAAUGAUGCGAUGUGGAACGAUAUAUCGGAUGAUGAUUAUAUAUAAAUAUUAAACGAUAAUAUAAUGCAAAUUUUUAUAUUUGCAUGUUUUGUGCUGUAAUUAGCGAGUAAUUAAGAUAUUUUGUAGAUAACACACACUUCCAUUCGAUCUUAUUCGAUUUUUGUGCUACGGCUAUGGUGGCGCAAAUAUACAUUUGUGGUCCGUAGGACCGCAAGAAGUCUCGACUUUAGAAGCACAGGCAGAACUAGAACUGAAGAAAGACAUUGAUAGAAGAGAAAAAUAAUAUGACGUGUGAUAAAGCCGUUGAUUGAUAGAGGAGAGGAACAGAGAGAGAAAGAGAGGGAGAGAAAGGGAAAGCAUGUGAAAGAGAAAGAGAGAGAGAGGGAAGAAGAAAAAGAGAGCGAAAAGGAAAGAAAGAACGAUGAAGCGUGAAUGUGUUUCAUGUAUGUAUUUGCGUGUAUGGAUGUAUAGGUGGAUGUAAGGUUCAAAGGGAAAAGAGACAAAAACGGAGAAGUGGAGACACGGGUGAGGAA